ACCACACGGUGUCGCUGUGAGUAGGUUUGGUUCGGGCGCAGCGUCCGCUCUCACCAACAUGGAGGACGAGGUGGAUGUUGACAUCGAGGGUGUUGAGUUUGAUGCCAGACUUUGUGAGCCGCAGGGGGGCGCUUUGGUCCACGACCAGUUCUCCCAGUCUGCGUGGAAAAGUAGCUCGGGCAUACUGCCGUGGGAGCUGGACGCCUCCAUCAGUGCGGAGAACAGGGAGGUGAUAGAGAGCAUGCUGCUGGAGGAGCAAUACUAUCUAACAGGUAAGGAUUAUCCUGAUAUUUGGCACAGAGAUGUUGACAGCAAGCCCAAAGGGAAGAAGUCUCCAACUAAAACAUCAUCAUCAGUCUCAUCUUUUCGCUGGUCCAAACAGGAGAAAGAACUUUUUGAGCAAGGACUGGCUCAGUUUGGUCGAAGAUGGACUAAGAUUGCUAAAUUGGUGGGAAGCCGUACUAUUCUUCAGGUCAAGAGCUACGCUAGACAGUAUUUCAAACACAAGGCUAAAUCAGAACUCGGACCUGCAUCGCCCUCUACAGGCCCAGCAGUGCCACUACAAUCACAUCAGCCUGGCUCCAGUCAUGCAGCCACUCUUGUCAACACCGUCCGUAUAGAGAAGCAUUCUGAGGAUGAAGAUGAGGACGUAGACAUCACUGAUGAUCUGAGUAUUGACAAUGGCGGUGAAUCACGGGCUGUGCCUGAAUAUGAAUUCUGUAAAGUGGGUUUGGUCAAAGGCAUGGACAUCCAGACUGACGGUCCCGUGCAUGAGCUUGUGAAGAAAGAGGCGGGACAAAGAGGGGUUGUGAGUACCGGUGAGGUGGACACAAUGGACAGCCCCAGUGCUCCGUCUCCACAAAGUCCACAGCUCUCAUCUUCCCUCUCUUGCUCAGAAGAGCCUGGCAGAACCCGGAUUGAAGAGAAUGGAAAUAAGACAGUAUCACUUCUUCCAGACAACCUCCAAGUAGUUGGAAACCCAGACAAGAAUGGGCUAAUAAAUAAUAAUCACAGGCUUACUGAGCAGAGUUAUCGGUCUGACAGCUGGAAAAAGAACGGUCCCGUGGAAAAUCCCUGCAGGGAAAGUAGAGAUUGCUCUGACACUGGUGAUCAGAGGCUGAGUCACAAUUCAAAUGAUGACCAGGAAGAGGAACAGGGUGAGGAAGAUGAGGACCUUAAAGCCCCUGAACAGGAAAUAGACAUAGACAGGGAGACCAUCACUGAAGAUGAGAAACAAGCUAUCCCAGAGUUCUUUGAGGGUCGGUCAUCAAAGACCCCGGAGAGAUACCUAAAGAUCCGAAACUAUAUUGUGGAUCAGUGGGUGAAAAUUAAGCCCAAGUACCUGAACAAGACGUCAGUUCGUCCUGGUCUGAAAAACUGUGGCGACGUCAACUGCAUUGGGAGAAUACACACCUACCUGGAACUCAUAGGAGCCAUCAACUUCAACUGUGAACAAGCUGUGUAUAAACGUCCAAAAAUAGUGGAGCACUCCAAGCAUAAGGAGGGUAAAGAUGCCCUGGAGGCCUAUCAGCUAGCGCAGAGACUGCAGAGCAUGAGAACGAGGAAACGCCGUGUGCGCGACAUCUGGGGUAACUGGUGUGAUGCUAAGGACCUGGAGGGACAGACGUAUGAGCACCUCAGCGCAGAGGAACUCGCCCUUCGGAGAGAAGAGAUGAAGAAGAACUCUAAAACCUCCAAGAUAUGCAGACACAGAGGGUCUUUUGAUCCUUUCCAGUUGAUUCCAUGUCGGUCUUUUGGAGAGGAUGUACAGGAACCGUUUCAGCUCAUUGUGUGUGCAGAGACUCUGCUCAUUAUGGACAUGCAUGCCCAUGUGUCAAGAGGUGAAGUCAUUGGCCUCCUUGGUGGAAUUUUCAGUGAAGAGGAUAAAGUGUUGAAGAUCUGUGCAGCGGAGCCGUGUAACAGUGUGAGUACAGGUUUGCAGUGUGAGAUGGACCCCGUUUCUCAGACACAGGCCUGUGACAUUCUAUCAGCGCUGGGGUUCAGCGUGGUGGGCUGGUACCACUCACAUCCAUCCUUCCACCCCAGCCCUUCUGUUCGGGACAUACACACGCAGGAUCAGUUCCAGAAUUAUUUCUCACGUGGUGGAGCUCCCUUCAUCGGAAUGAUCGUGAGUCCAUAUGACCCAGCCAAUCCCUCCCCUCACUCCCAGACAACCUGCCUGUUGGUCAGAGAGAGUCUGGAACCCUCCGGCCCAGAGAGUACAAAGCUGCCCUACAGGUUUGAUUUUGUCUCAUCACAAGACAUUCCAGACUGGGAUCAGACACUGAGGAGAGCCCAGUGGAUCAUCAACAAAUACUCUCAAACACCUGGGAGUGUGCAAAUGAGCAGAUUUUUCCGGAGGGACUCUCACCUUACCUGCCUGGAAAAGAUGCUUUCAUCUUUGGCUAGGUACUUUGAGCCGCUGCCAGAUGAGGAGGGAGAUUCAUUCUUGACUCAGAUCCAGACCCUUUUCCAGUCAGACUUUAUUGCCAAGCAGCAGAUUUCUGAUCAGGAAGAAGGAGAAGCUUUAAAUGCCUCCUCCACUCCACUGGACUCACAUGAACUUCCUACUGCUCAGCUGAACAAUCAGGAGAGACUCCAGGUAGGAGAGUCUGAUUGGGGUCCUGGCGGGACUCCAGAAUGCAACCUACAGCCCGGUGUGCACGCCACAAACUUGGAUAUGACCAGCAGCGCAGUGUUGCACCUGGGCUCUGUUUUGCUGACUGGACAUGACUAUUUAUUAUGACUUCACUCUUUUUUCUUUUUCUUUUUUUUUGCUCAGUUGUUGUGGUAGAUUGUCCCAUUAAUGUCAACAAUUUCAACACAAAAACAUCCUCAAGGUGAUUUUAUUUUUUUAUUUUUUGGCCUCAGGUAUCCAUUUCAUACAUAGAAAUGUUGCAAUAAUUUUUAGAAAAAUUCAUCAGAAUGAUUGUAAAAAUGCAAAGACAAAAUAAUAAUAAUAAUAAUAAUCUACUGAUUUUCUGUCUCUCCCCAUGCUUAGUAUGUUAAUAACACUCACAUUUUAGUUCAAAUCUGGGCAGAUUCAUUAAUAUUACAAAUAUUAUUGAUGGUUGACUUGAUUAAAAAUAGCCCAAAAUAUGUACGUCCAUAUUUCAAUUAAUGUGGCUUUUGGACAGAGGAAUGUUUUAAGUCACUCUUCAGUCUUGGCCAUGUAAAUCCAGGUUAUAGUUCUCAGGUCAGCUGGCUUGGGAUUUGCAAUGCCAAAACUUAAGUGACCUUUUGCCCCUUCUCUAACUUUUUAAAAUUAACAUGCUGGACUUCAGGACGACCAGUGGAGAUACGAUUUAUGCUUGAUUGUCUGAAAUGUUUUUUCCUGUGUUUUAAUGCUUCUUUGUGCUGCUGUGAAAAAAAAAACAAAAACAAAACGCUGACGUUGCAGCCGCCCUGAUCAGGCCAAUCACACAGAAGAUAAACCCAAAUAUAUCCUGUUUAUCUUCAUACAUCUCUUUUAAAAUAAUUGCUCGUACAUGGAGCUAGAUAAGUUACUGCCUUGCUUACUGCAAUAUUUUAAUGAAUGAUAAACUUGAAAAUACUUCGAGGUAUUGUUUCAGUAUUAUUAGCUUUCAUGUUUAGUUUUAAGUACUAUUUUAGUAUUUAAUCAGAGUUUGCGAGUAAAGUUCUUUUAACAAUAAAAUACUUUAACUGAAAACUACGAUUUACAAAGAAAUACCAAGCGGCAUUUUACAGUUGAAAUGUUCUGUUUAUUUUUGAACAUGGAAAUAAACUGUAUUUUAAUAUUG